AUGGGUAAUCUUAAUUCAAGUUCGUCAACAUCAUCUUCAACGUCUAAGAAUCCUCAUUGUUAUGUGCGCAAUAAAAUGAUGCGACAACAAUAUUUACGAAUUCGUUCGAAUAAUGAAUAUAUAAUUCCUAAACCAUAUUUAGAUAAUAAUUGUAUAGAAGAAAAUUUUCUAUUAACACAACAAUCAAUAAUUGGUAUGAGCAAAACUCAUAUUGCUGGUGAUUGUCAAAGAAAUGUUAUUGAAUCUGAUAAAAAUGAACGAUAA